UUACACGUCUUCCCAAUGUUAGGUGCGCCCCCUCUGUAAAAUGGACUCCCCCUCUGGAUAUCAAUUAGCAGCGCGCCAUAAGAGCUGUCAUUUGCAAGAGCCCCAAUCACAGGACACAGACUCACUCCUGUCUGUCACUACUAUGUCAUAUUUACAGAUUCUCUUACAUCAUCCGCACCCCCACCAAUAACAACCUAGCGCAGGCCACUCUUAUACCCCCAAGGGACACUGCACGGUGACACUCAAGCUGCUGCUGCUGCUGGACUACAAAUCCCAAGAUCCUAUUGACUGUGAAGUGGAAGCCCAACAGCUGGAUGGACACAAGAUUAAUGCCUGCACAGGAUGGAUGAAGCCUGUGAACUAAGGAGUACUACAGACUAUUUGAACUCAGUGGAUCCUAAUGCCAAAAGCAAACCGUGCGUGGGUGACAGGGGCAUUUUGGAACUACCAAAUGGGUGUAGCGUUCCACUGAGCUCACCCACGCAAAGUGGCAAAUUGGGUUAUGGGCAGGAUCCCUCCUCCCACUACAUUCCUCUGCGCAGACUCCAGGAUCUGGCCUCCAUGAUAAGCAUCGAAGGCAUGAAUGGAUCACAAAACAUGGAGGCAAACGGAUCUCAACCAAAUCCUCAGCCCUAUUUUUUUACUUCAAAUGAGCCAAGAGGUCAUGCCAGUCAUCAGGAUUCUACUCGUCAAUUUUCACAAGACCUCACCAUGAAACCCAAAAAUGUAAAGAAUGGGAUGCAUCCUUAUGAUUCUUUUUGUCAUGUUGAUAUGGAAGAGCCAAAUUAUGCUAUAGAACAGUUAAAUUACAAUCACACUGGGCCAGGUUUUGAUGUGCCAGGCUAUGGGCAACAGCCACCGGUGGAGCAAAAUAUUUUACCUGUUGGGGAGAAUCAAUCUAAAAUUAACCCCACACCUCAGUUUGGAUCAGAAUUAGAGGAUUUAGUUCCACUUGCUUGGUCUAGUAAUGGAGAGGACCCAAUGGAAAAUGAAAAUUUAAACACAAAAACAUCUUUUUUAUCAAUGAUUCGGGAUGCUGAAAUUCCAAACGGUGCACCUAUUAAUACUACUCCAGAAAAUGCAAUUCAUGGGGAUUUGGAUCACAGUACAAUUUUACAUUUAGAUGGUAGACUAAGUAACCAAGGACCGCUAACAGCGGAACACACUGAAGAUGAAUCGUUGUCUGUAGAAGAAGAGCUGGACGAUUUGGAUUCACAUAAUGAAUUAUCUCCGGAUCGAUCAGGAUUACAAUUUUUACCAAGAAGGAAAAAACCUGCUCUUUUAAGGUAUGACGAGGGGGAUGUCGUCUGGGCCAAAUUCAACAGGCGCCCAUGGUGGCCAUGCAGAAUCUGUGCCAAUUCAGAGCCAGAGGGAGAACCCCAACAUAAAGCAUUUAGCAAAAGGCUACCCCGGAAUUAUUAUGUUGAGACUUUGGGAGAGUUAACUGAGAAGAUCUGGGUCCCUGCAAAAGCACUUGUACCGUACAGGGGGGCACACCAAUUUGAAGGAUUGCCAGAAUUCCGGCGGACUCAAAGGCAGGAAGAUAAAUCUUUUAAGAAUAAGGUCCCCUUGAGACUUUUAUCGCUAUGGCAGUCCAGCAUUGAACAUGCCCAAGACUGUCUCUCCAGAGGGGCUGAGAGGUAUGAAAGCAUAGAAGAGGUAGAAGGUAACAAGCAAAUAGCAAAUUAUGGUGCAAAGGAAUCCAGUGGGCCAAUUAAGAAUUCAUUCAAUGGAUUUGUAAAAUCUUCCUUGUGUAGCAUUGACCUGUCAUGCACUAAAACUGACUCAAAAAAACAACAUAGGCGUUUAAAGCCUGUAAAACAUAGAAAAGUGGAAUUACGGCUAUCUGAUGUUUCAACCGAUGAUUCAAGAACAACAGAGGAACCAGGGUCUCCAGAAUUUUUUAGCAGUCAAACUUGUGAAUCAAAAUUUGGAAUGGCACCAUCUCAACAGGAGAGCUGUAUAUCUAAACAAAUAUCUAAAGAGGUCUACAACAUAAGUCAGGAGAAAAACGUAACGUUAUCUGCAAAGAAAUGGAAUAAAAAUGAUGAACUUGUAGAGCAAAGUUUGGGUUUAGAGAGAACAAAGGCUCAAACUGACAAUGGACAAGAAAAAUCAGAAAAACCUUUAAUGGGACACAAAAUUGAAGCUAAACAAAAGGACUUUAGGCUUAAACAAAGUGUAAGCUCUGUACAGAAGGAAAGAUCUGCUGGCACAACUAAAAAAAGGAAGCGACUACGAAUUCAUUCUGAAUUAAGCCGCUCAAGCAAGCGGCUGGUUGCAUCUUCAUUAGACUCUAGCACAAAUGUUGAAUCUAGUAAUGAGUUUUCUCUUUCGAAAGACUGGGUUACUGAAGAUGUGCCAGAUGGGAAUGGGCACAGUGUGGAUAAAAACAAAUACAGUCCGUCGCUUACUAAUGUUUCUUUAUCUGACUCUUGUGAGAACCUGCACAAUUCUUUAUUGGAAAGCAAUGCCCCCAGCCCAAGUCAACAUUCAAUAAAAGAUUUUCCCAAGGCUUUGACUCCUGAAAGCAAAAACUGUUUAGUCCAUGAUUCGGCAACCCAAAAUUCACAGUCUAAAAACAUUCUGGAUUCGAAACUUGGCCACAAACCUGCAAAGGCUUCUCUUGGUAAAACUGGACGUCCUGAAGCAAUGAAUCUGUUAAGUAAUAUGCAUGAAAAGUCAUGCGAUUCAAUGAAGAAUGAGACAAAAUUAGUAAACAGUGUUAUAUCUGGUCUUAAAGAACUGUCCUCCAGGUCUCUCAGUGAGGAUGGAGCCGAAAGUACAGUAUCCAAACCAUCAACACCUUUGCUUUUUGCUUCAGCUCCAGGGCAAAAUCGAAUACCUUUGGAACCAGAUUACAAAUUUAGCAACCUGCUAAUGAUGCUGAAAGACAUGCAUGAUACUAAAACAAAGGAAAGGAAGCUAAUGACUGGACAAAAUACUGUAUCCAGCUGUAGCGACCCAUGUGAAGACUCUAUUAAAGGUAGCCCUGAUAUUGUACCUGAUGUAGGUGGUAUUUCUGGUAACCACACACACAGUAAUGAAGUUGGUAUGGUAAAAGAACCCAACAAUGAAAGUAAACUGGGAGCAACAGGUCAAAAUAAGAUCGUCUGUAACAGAAAGUCAAGUUCUAAAAAGAACUCCAAUUUCCAGAAAAAGCCACCCAUGGAGCCCAAAAAAGUGUCAAAGUAUAAAAAGAGCAUGAUUUCUGCACAAAAUGUCAAUGCAUCUUCUGAAUGUACAGAACUAACUACAAAUUCAUAUAAUACCUCAGUGCAAUUACAUGGUGAGUGUCCUAGUAAAAGCAUAACCCAUCCUUAUAAUUGCAGUGAAGUUGGUGCAGGUUACCCAGAGGAAACUGGACCUGGCUCAGAACAGAGCAGUGAAUGCUCUCAGUGGAAUGAGUCACAAAAGUAUGUUGCGCCUAAAAAGAGGUGGCAGAAAAUCAAACAUAAUGGCCCAGAAAGCAGCACAAACCUUUUAAAUAAGGCCUCUACUAAGUCCAGUUUGUGCAAGAAGGAGCAAGAUGUUUUAGAAGUUCCUAAACAGCUGCAGGAUCAUGAAGUGACAUUUGGAGAACCUGAGCUUUCUAGUAUAGCAGCACAGCCAGAAGCUCCAAAGAGAGGGUCAAAUUUUGGAAAGAAAUAUAAAAAAAGGAAGAGAUUUACCAGGCGUUCAGGUGAUCAUGUUAAGACAAGCACCCCCAAAAUUAACAAGCAGAAGAAGUUGGGUGUCUCUCUCCAGUUGGAAGUCAACAAGCAAAAGAACCUUAAAUUAAUCCUCCCUGCUGUAGAUUUUUUGAGUGAAAUAAAUAGUAAAGCCACAUCAUCUUCCCAAUUUUCCAAACUGGCUGAGGCUUAUUCUACGGAGACAAAAAAUCCAGAUAAUGAAGAAAAGAGUGAUUCUUCAGAAAAAGAGGAUCAUGGUCUUGCUUCACCAGAGCAAUCUUUGUCAGAUGGCUUUUCUGAACCUUCUAGUAUAACCGCUCAAUCGCAAGUCAAUCCAGUUCGAGAAAACAGGCGUAAGAGCAAAUUAAUUCCGAGGGUGUGUGAAUUCGAUGACCUUGAUGAACAGCUUGGGCUUUUGGAGGAAGAUUCAAAACCCCCUGCUAAGAUUGCCAAGACUACUUCAUUCAAGCAAAACGUACUAAAGCAGUCCUUCAGGUACAGAGCAGCAUCCAGAAGGCUGCCAGAGAAUCGGAGAAGGCGUAAAAGGAUUCGGCUUGCGGGAAAGUUCAAGAAGAAGAGGAACCUGAUUUCCCGACAGUCUUCCUACCCUGGGGAAGAGCCUCAUGAGAAUGGCGUUGCCAGCCAUAGUGACACUGCUGAGGAAGGACUAGAACAUGAGCUGACAGGAGCCUCCUUAAAGAGGAAUCAAGGAGAACGUAGUGGUGGGGGAGCUGCAAUGAAAGAAAAUGUAUGCCAGGUGUGUGAGAAACCUGGAGAAUUGCUGCUGUGUGAGGCCCAGUGCUGUGGAGCAUUCCAUCUGCAGUGCCUUGGCAUGGAGGCCAUGCCUCAGGGAAAGUUUGUCUGCACAGAGUGCUCCUCGGGUACGUUACAAGGCUAUCACACCUGCUUUGUUUGUAAGGAAUCUGACCAAGGAGUGAAGCGCUGCAUGCUGCCCCUCUGUGGCAAAUAUUAUCAUGAAGAAUGUGCCCUUAAAUACCCUCCUGCAACUCAACAAAACAGAGGCUUCCGCUGUUCUCUUCAUAUCUGUUCAACCUGUUAUGCCACCAAUCCAAGCAACCCCUCUGCAUCUAAAGGCCGCUUGAUGAGAUGUGUACGCUGCCCAGUUGCAUACCAUGCAAAUGAUUUCUGCCUGCCAGCAGGAGCAGUUACAUUGGCUUCCAACAGUAUUAUUUGCCCCAACCACUUCACCCCAAGGCGUGGAUGCAAGAACCAUGAGCAUGUAAAUGUCAGCUGGUGUUUUGUAUGCUCAGAAGGUGGAAGCCUCCUUUGCUGUGAAUCCUGUCCUGCUGCUUUUCACAGAGAAUGCUUAAACAUUGAUAUGCCAGAGGGCAGCUGGUUCUGCAAUGAUUGCAAAGCUGGCAAAAAGCCACAUUACAAAGAAGUGGUGUGGGUGAAGGUGGGGAGAUACAGGUGGUGGCCAGCAGAGGUUUGUCAUCCAAAAACCAUUCCACCCAACAUCCAGAAGAUGAAGCAUGACAUUGGCGAGUUCCCAGUUGUCUUCUUUGGUUCCAAAGACUAUUUGUGGACACACCAGGCCCGAGUGUUCCCAUAUAUGGAAGGAGAUGCUCUCAACAAAGACAAAAUGAGCAAGGGAAUGGAUGCUGUUUACAAAAAGGGGCUGAUGGAAGCUGCAGAAAGGUUUGAAGAAUUAAAGGCCCAGAAAGAAAUGAGACAGUUACAGGAAGAUAAAAAGAAUGACAAGAAACCUCCACCAUAUAAACACAUAAAAGUCAACAGGCCGGUUGGAAAAGUUCAGAUUUUAACUGCAGAUCUUUCCGAAAUCCCUCGUUGCAACUGCAAGGCCACUGAUGAAAAUCCAUGUGGGCAGGAUUCCGAGUGCAUCAACCGUAUGCUGCUGUACGAGUGCCAUCCCUCAGUGUGCCCAGCAGGGGAGCGCUGUCAGAAUCAAGCCUUCUCCAAACGCCAGUACCCAGAAGUUGAAAUCUUUCGAACUCUAAGUCGUGGAUGGGGGCUGCGGUGUAGGACUGACAUUAAAAAGGGAGAAUUUGUGAAUGAAUAUGUGGGUGAAAUGAUUGAUGAAGAGGAAUGCCGUGCUCGCAUCCGUUACGCCCAAGAGCAAGACAUCACAAACUUCUACAUGCUCACACUAGAUAAGGACCGUGUGAUUGAUGCAGGGCCCAAAGGUAACUUUGCACGUUUUAUGAAUCACUGCUGCCAGCCUAACUGCGAGACUCAGAAAUGGACUGUGAAUGGUGAUACACGAGUUGGGCUCUUUGCUCUGUGUGAUAUCAAAGCAGGGGUAGAGUUAACAUUUAACUACAACUUGGAGUGUCUUGGGAAUGGAAAGACUGUUUGCAAAUGCGGAGCACCAAACUGCAGUGGUUUCCUCGGAGUGCGCCCCAAGAAUCAGCCAGUCUCAUCUGAGGACAAGGGUAAAAAGCGGAAGCAGUAUGUGAAACGUAAAAAAAGUGAGGUAGUCAAAGAACAUGAAGAUGAGUGUUUCAGCUGUGGAGAUGGAGGACAGCUUGUAUCUUGCAAGAAACCAGGUUGCCCUAAAGUAUACCAUGCAGAAUGCUUGAAAUUAACCCGUAGACCAGCUGGUAAGUGGGAGUGUCCUUGGCAUCAAUGUGACAUCUGUCACAAGGAGGCUGCUUCUCUAUGUGAGAUGUGUCCAAGCUCCUUCUGCAAGCAGCACCGUGAGGGAAUGCUCUUCAUCUCUAAGCUUGACGGACGGUUAUCCUGCACAGAGCAUGACCCAUGUGGGCCUCAUCCCUUAGAGCCAGGAGAAAUUAGGGAGUAUGACUCUUCUAAUGAACAGAACGAUUCUGCUGGCCCCUCACUUCCAAAGAAGAAAACACUGGACAGUGCAAAGGGCAAAACAGCAUCUUCCAAUUCACACAAGAAAAAUGUUUCAGUGACUGAGGUGUUGCAUACACCAACAACCGCUGGUUCUACAUCUAGUGGCAAUGUUAGCAAGGAAAAUGUGGGGUCUGUUGAGCAAAAAUCAUUGUCUGCUGGAAAAAUACUCCUUGCCUCUGCUGGGCAAAAGUGUACUACUGGCAGUAAGUUGUUACUUGCCUCAGCAAUUCAGAAAUCAUUGCCUGCUGGGAAGGUAGUCUUGACCUCCUUGGGGAAAAAAUCAUUGCCUGCUGGUAAGGUACUGUUGGCUUCCAUUGGAAAGAAGCAACUGUCUGCUGGGAAAGUUUUGGUGACCUCUCUUGGGAAGAAUUCUCCAUCUGUUGGUAGGAUGAUUAUAUCCACAGCAGGAAAGCAUUCUUUACCAGCAGGAAAAGUUUUGUUAGCAUCAGCUGGAAAGUAUACAACAGCAGGUAAAGUUCUGUUGACUUCUGCCACCAACCAGCAUUCAACUGCUGAAAAAAACAAGGCUGAUAAACAGAAUGAUGUUAAAGAAACCCAAAAUUCAUUGGACCCUGACACUAAACAUCGCAUAACUAAAAAGCCGCUUAAUAAACCAUCUAAAGAUAAGUUAAAUACUACUUUAGAGCAACCAUUGACUCAAAACCACACAACUGGGAUUCAGAAACCUGUAAGCCCAUGCCAAGUAGAAAGACCUUCUAACCCAUCCCUCACAGGGAGGCCUGAAAAGCCUAAAGAUAAGCAUCAACCAGACAGUGAAGUUCAUCCUAAGAUCCUUUUAAAGAGGUCAACCAUGCCAACCUCCCGAAGGUCCCUGAGCGCACAUAAAGAGAGGUUUCAAAUUUCAACCAAAAAAGAAGGGUCUCUUGAAAGCAGCCAGGUAGAGAACCAUGCCACUCCAAGAAAAGAUUCUUGUUCUCCAACUGUAAAGGAGAAGCCCAGUGCACCAAGUGAGAGAUCUUUAUCUACAGUAGAGUCCCCUUCUAUCCCAGCAGCUCCAGAGAACUCUUCAGGCAGAGCAAUAUCAUGUACACUUGCCUCCUCAGAAAAAACAGUUAGCACUUCUGAAAUGUCACUCAGCUCUGUUGUACAAGAGAAGACUAGUUCCACUGAACCAAACUCUUCUUCAAUAUGAAGAACCGUUACUGUCAGUCUUUGUCAGAGUGCUUCCUGGUGCAAAGAAAAGUACAUUUUUGUGAUGACUGAUGUGCAAUCACAAGGGAUUAUGCUGCACACAGUAUUCUGAGAAUGAAGAACUCUUAUGGAAUAGAUAAAACAAUGUUUCUGAUUGGCUACUAUGUUUGUAACCGUGUACAUAAACAAGGACCCAUCUUAAAAAAAAAAAGAAAAUUAUGUUAAAGUGGUGAUUAUAUUAAGAACCACCUUUUAAGACAAGUUGACCAUUGCAUUCCUUCAAAUUCAUUUACAGCAAUCCCUGAACCCCCUUUUAUAGUAAAAGGGUUAAGAAGCAAGAUGACACUAUGGCCAAAGGCAGUGAAGUGGUUGCCGGCUGAACUCUCAUACCUCAUCUGUGAAUAUGUGUGCUGUCUGGUUAAUAUCACGGAAACCUGCUUUAUGAUGUGAAAACAAUAAGGCACUUCUGUAGACAUGUCAAGCUCAGCUAAUUUUAGUAUUGUAGGGAUGUCCAGUGGCGAAUAAAACUGAGAGGUGCCUUAUUCCAGUGAAAUGUUAGUAGACUGUUGAAGAUGCUGUUCUUGAGGUCUAAGAGCUUGUAUUGCAUAUGGGCAUUGCAUGAGAUAAGUGAGUUUUGGAGUAAUGUAGUGAGGUGUGCCUGGUAUCAUCCUGCAAUUGCAUGCUCAAACUGGCCAGAAACCCAUACGUAAGAAUUAUUGUAGCCUUUUUUAAACAUUGCCAAAAAAGUAAAAAACAUGCAGUUCUUCAUCACAAACAGUCUCCGGUUUGAAACAGUUAUCUGCAGCAUAUUAGGCUUCAGUUGCCCUUUUGCAUCAUGUAGCCUCUACCCAUAUAUCAGGGCUUCUCUAACUUAAUGGGAUGGGCUGGACGCCACCUUAUUAAAGAUAUAGAAAAUCUCCCUGUACCAAAGCCCCACACACCAGAUGGAUAGUCCUCGCAGUAUGGUGUAUACAGUAGUUUUUAGAUAGCCCUAUUAUAUCUAGAAUGCAGCAGGCAGAAAACAGAAACCUACUAGAAAGAAUUUGUGAGUUCAGAAGCUGUUAAGAAAGGAAAAUGCUUUUUUUGGUUAGUGCUCUAGUGUAGGAUUGCAGCCUUCACAAGAGCUUUACUGUAAGAGCUGGGUAGGGAUCCACUGACAUUUCUCAUUCCCAUAUAUGUCUGUGUUUUCUUUGGGAAAUGUACAGUGUUUGAGGUUUCCUUUCUUAACUACAAUUAUUUACGUUUACAGUCCAGAGUGGUCUGAAUGUGGUGUUAGGCACAGGUCAGGAUUUAUGUGGUGCUAACCCAAAUGAUUUUAGGGAAAGUUGUGUAAAUAAGCCUAUUUUGUAUCUUAGUGGUACGGUUUGUCCUAAAUGGCCCUUUCUCAGAUUUGGUGAGUUGAGAGUAGUAAGAGUUUUAUGGGCGUGCAUUCACAUAUAUCUUUUCAUGACCACCCCUGGCUGCCAUCCCUACUGCAGCACACAAGGUCCACACCCUUACAAAUGUCCUUUCGACACAAAUCAAUUCUGCCUUUGCUGAGUCUGAGCAAUCUUAUGCUGGGAAUCAUGGUGCUACAGGCAGCUGUGUGUAGUGUUUUACUGUAUUUAAUAUAUAUAUUUUUUUUUUAUUUUUUUUUUUUUUUUAAACCAAAACCUUGUUGUGAAUCUUGGUGUUGGUGCCUGUACCAGUGCCUCAUUGAUGUGACCGAUCCAGAGAUUCGUUUUUGUGUUGAUGUCUCCUGCUUUUUUUUCUCCCUGGUCCUUGCACAGUAGUUAUGGAUUAGGAGCCAAAAAGAAAGCUGGCAUUGAUUAGCUUGUCAUUUUUUUAAUUGUUGCUUUUUUUUUUUUUUAUAAAUAAAAGAGAUUGAACACCACAUGAUUUUAGCCUUCAGUUGCACAUAAAGCAAUUGUCUUUUAACAGAUUUUGUGUCACCCAUACCCUGAUGCUGCAUAUUUCCUUCCUUUGGUUGGCAUAUAUCCUGCUAACUGCCCUCAUCUGACAUGUGGAAUAUAGUCGCUGCCUUUUAAAGUUCACCCUUCAAGGCAGUAAUUGGGCACUUUGUCUUGCUCCCUGGCAUCUAGCUAGCAUCUCUGUACAUGGGGCUAAAAUGGCAUACUGAGUAGAAAGCCCACAUUGCUUGAGUGUCUAGACCUGAUCGAGUCAUAAACAAGGAUGACAAAACCAUGGCCCUGCUAACCGGACAUCUUAGGGACUAAAUGUUGAUGUUGUAGGAAAUACAGUAUAGGCCAGUCCUCCGCCCUUUACUGUCCCGCUAAUUUGCUGUUGCCUUCACUGGUUAAUGCUUGCGUAUUCUUUCACAUUGAAAAAGACAAAAUAAAAGAACAAGCCCUAGAAAAGUCUUGUCAUCCUGUAUGAUAAAACGUAGAGCAACCAUUUCUGAUAUUAAUGGCAUCAUUUAUGUUUGCCCACUGCUGCUGAACUUUAAAGUCAAGCUCCUUUAUGUUCCAAAUGAGCAGAAAACACUGUGCAUCGGGAUAUGAGACUGCUCUCUCUCUGUUUUACAGAAACAUUUAACUUUGUCCUGCAGGCAUCUUGCUAUGGGGCGGUACUAUAUUAUGGGUAACAUGGACGGAAGGCCUAUACAUGACCUGGUGGCUUCUACAUCUUCAUCACAUUCCACCUUGUUCAUGGAUCAUGAAAUGUUGGUGCUACUUGAUUCUGGAACAGUGCAUUUGAUCCAGCUAACUGCCCCUGACAUCAUUGUGGGUUUUAACACUGUAUGUCAUUCAAGGGAAGGAUCACAUCAUAUAUUUUCUCACCUUUUUGUUACUGUCCCUGUUUUACUAAGUUCCUGCAUUUUCUGUCACUAAUGGAAGAGAUCUGACUCUUUCAUGAAUAUGUACUGUAAUUCUUUGUAUAUAGAAGAAAAAUACUGUAAAGUUUAAAUUGAUUCCUGCCUAUAUUGUCUUCUUAUUAUGUGUGUGUCUGACACUGAUCCAAAAAUGACAUGGUAGAACAAAGUAAAACAAGUUUCUUGGUAUAGAGUAAUUAUUUGGGUAUGUGGGCUUCUGCACUUUGAGUUAUAUAUUUCCCCUUCAAAACAAAAUUAUUUAUUAUGUUUUCGUUAAUUGAAUUUUGUUUGCAGCUCCAAGGCUUGUAAUUUAGACUUCUUUAAUUGGUUCUCUAUAUUAGCCUUAUCUUAAGGGGGCAGGAAGAUUUAAGCCGCUUAUGUUGCUCAGUUUGUAUGGUCCAAUCAAUAUCUGGCUGAAGAUCGGCCACAUGUCAAUCAGGAAGGUGUGAUUGUCCCUUCAGAUUGGCUUGUAGAUGCUGUUCUUGCCCCGACAGCCUGUAUCCUCUUUGUUGUGAUUCAAUUGUUUGGCCCUAGGUUUGACCUUAGGUGGGUAUAUCGGGGAUAGGUUGGUUGGGAUGUCACCAAACGAGCUUUCGAAUUUACAGUCCCUGGCAGGUAAGUGGUUAAAGCAGCAUAUUAGGUGUGUAUAUGUAUGUAUGUAUAAAAAAUUAUACAAAAUUAAAUUUGGAGAUCAAGUGAAAAGUUGCUUAGAAAAGGCACACCAGUAAAAUGAGUUGUUUAAAUACAAUGGGGUUUCUCUGUUUUGCAGCUACUCAAUGUACUCUGUACUGUUUUUCCCCCAUAAAUAACAUAUCAAUUCUUAAUAUUAUGGUGAUAUUUCUCUUUAAAACAAAGGAUUGGCAAGGCUCCAACUUCAUUUACUGAAAAGGGAACAGUGGUGAAGAAAAAGUAGGAUCUUUAAGGGUGCCAAAAUGUUAGGCACCCCCCAGUGAUUGUAAUUACACACGUAUGGGCCCCGAGUACUUGUGAGCAAGUGAUCCCCUCCCUUCUUCUGUCUUUGCAUCGCUUGGACAUGCGCAGUAGAAUGAGAAGCUGAACCUUAACAAAAAAAAAUGUGGCUUUUUCACUGUAUUGCACAUUUUCUGAUGAUAGGGGCACUGGGCCGGGGUAUCGGGUAAGUGAUUACAAUUACUUGGGGGCGGGAUUGCUGUGCCUAACAUUUGGCACCUCCCUUUUCCUUUAAUACCCAAUUGGCUGCAGUAAUUCGUUUUCUGCAGAUACGAUAGGUCAAUAUCUUUAAAUGCAUAGGAUAGUGAAGUGAAACACCCCCGGGGAAAUAUGGUGAGACAUUUAAAGGAAAUAAGCAGAUUUUCUAUGAAGCGGCUUUUGCAAGCUCAAUUUUACUUGGAAAAGCAAUGUUUGCUCUCCAUCAUGCACUUAAUCGGCUGGAACUUUUGUAAUGGAAUUACAACAAGACUUCUCAUUUUAAUUAACCAAAAGAACUCUCGACUCUAUUUUAAUGCCUUGAUUUUGUUUUCUGACAAACAGUUCCUAGUGCAGCUGCAGAGCCCAAUACAGGUUUGUGACCUGUCAUUCAGAAUGCUCUGGACUUGGUAUUUUUCGGAUAAGGAGUCUUUCUAUAAUUUGGAUCUCCAUACCUUGUUUUCUAAGAAAUCAUUUAAGCAUUAACUAAACCCAGUAGGAUCUUAUCUUAGUUGGGAUCAAGUACAAGAUGCAGUUUUAUUAUUACAGAGAAAAGGAAAUAAUUUUUAAAAAUUACAUUUCAUUAAAAUGGACUUCCUGUGAUUCUGAUCUUUCUGGAUAAUGAAUCCCAUGCCUGUACUGCUAUAUUGCAAGCCUGCAUUUUCCUGUGCAUGACUGACAUAUAAACACAUUCUAGCCAUUUCUAUUUUAAAAGGACAAGAUAUAAAUCUGCUUAAUAUUUUUUAACAACAAUUUUGGUGUAAAUACGGAAAUUUGCCAUUUUUUCUGCAUUUUUAAUGGUUGAUGCACUUUUGGGAUAUGCUGAGAAUAGAGGCAUGUAAGUUGAACUCGCAAAAAGUCACUUGCAAUGCCAUGUGUGUGUUUGUGUUGCCAUAAAUAUACAUUCAGACACCCAUUCCUAAGGGCCCUUUGGUUGUUGUUUUUUUUUUUUUAGCAGUUACCGUUUUCCCAAAUAAAGAAUUGUAGGCAAUAAAAUAAUAAAAGCUAAAAAAAACAAAAUGGUGUUAAAAUAUUUCACACCUACCUCCCAUGUUGUUUCCUAUCCAAGGCUAUGAGACUUCCAAAUAAAGCAUCUACCUAUUUAGGUUUAGUCUCUUUCCUUUCCUCGUUUUUGUUCAUUCUACCCGAAUUUAUGUCUAUUGCUAAUUGACUUCGGAAGGCACCAUUUUUUCCCUGUUAGAAGCCAUGGCAUGGCCUGUUAGCACUUCCUAAGGCAUUUUCAGGCCACAGCAGAACAGCUCAGCAGUGUAGCCAUGUGCUCAAAGCAAAACAAGAGGCAUCAUCUGUCCACAAGUGCAAUGAGCAAAGUGCAGCAUCUGAUUUGCUAAAAUGUAUGCAACUGUGAGUGCAUUUUUAUCAUUAACUGGACACAAUGAGGUACAUGGCAUCAUUUCUGGUGUGGCAUGCAAGGGAUGUUUGUGCCCAAUUUUCAGACACAAGUGUGCUGUGCCUAUUGGCGCUCAGUGAGGAGGGAACCCUGGAGCUGCUGCUUGGUCAGGCAAUAGGUGCAGCAGUGCUCAGUUUGGAACAGGUGGAGUAGCACCAAGCACAACUAGACAGAAAUGCAAGGAGCACAUUUUGACACAAGUACCUUUACCAAAAUUGUUUUUAUGUGCAACUGACUGCAGAAUAAUUGUGGGACACUUGCAAAAUGAGCCCAAAGUCUUCAUGUGUUUUAGUAGGUGGUAGUGUACCCUACUGUGUUCUCUUGCACAAUUCCCAGGAGAACAUAUAUAAAGUACUGCUUGAUGUGGAGAUUGCCUCGAACUGUGCAAGGAAUAAAUGUAACCCAGGAAACUGAAUAACAGAGUAUUCCAAGCUUAUGUAUGCUGUAUGUACCAACAAGUGCUCC